GUCAGUGUGUGAAGAGACUUCUUUUUAGUUUUUUAAAACGCGUGUUCGAAAAGAGAGAAACAAAACUCAAAAGGAAAGAGAUAAAUAAAAAUGAAGUGUUUAGUAUUAUUUACCGUAGUUACAGUCAUUUCAGUGGUAAAUUGUAUACCACAUCCACCCCCGCCUAUGACAGAGGAAAUGAAGAAAAAUAUGGAUGAAUGUCGUACAGAACUUGGAAUUUCAAUGGAGGAAGAACGAGAGCUCCAUAGGAAUCAUGAUUUUAAAAAUGAAAAAUUGCGAUGUAUGCCAGCUUGUUUAAUGAAGAAGGAUGGGGUCCUUCAAGAAAAUAAAGAAAUUAACUUGGAUAAACUUUAUGAAAAAGCACAAAGAUUCGGAGCUGUCACUGAUGACGUGAAGAAAUCAAUUCAAGAAUGUUCCGAACAAGCGAAAAGCAAGGCGGAUGAUUGUGAAUUGGCUCACACUUUCAUGCAUUGUACCCACAAGGCAAUGGGACAUGGUCCAGGACCAAAGAGUGGAGAAGAACCAAACUAAUUUCACUGAAACUGCUGCUUAUUAUAUACUUUUCCUACAUUUUGUAUAUUAUUUUUUUUUAAACUAAAAUUCUCCUUAAAAGAAAUUUAUAAAGAAAUGAGAUUACAUUUUAUAUUUCUUACUGUAUAAAAAUUGUUAUUAACGAAGAAUACGAUUGUUUACAUAAAAUUUCUUGUUAAA